AUGUCAUCAUUACCUAGUAAUACAGGAUCAGUUAUGUUAUCACCACAACAUGCAUCAGUAAAUGGUACAAGAGGAAUAUCACCAGUUGAAACACCCCAACCACAAUCACCUCAACAAUUUUCAUCUAAUGGUUCAAUUUCACCUAGUUCGCAUAGUGAAUGUCCAUCGCCUCCAAUUCAUGAUAAGAGAAAGAGCGAUACAUUUAGUGCAGCAGAUUCAGAGGCUGCUAAAUUAAAAAAUAGAAGUCAUAGUAGCGAAGAUUUAAAAUCAAUGGAUGACAAGAAAAAUAAAAAAUUAUUUGUAACCCCAAAAUUAGUGGCUCCAGCAAAGAAAGGUUCAGAUGAAGUCGUUUUAAAGACUAUCGAUGCCAGAAUGAAAAGCGAACCAUAUUUAAAAAAAUUCAAAUUACACAAUGAAAUUUUACUUCACGAUUAUAGUGCAGCAUUAUUUAGACAGAUUUUACUGCAUGGUAGAUUAUACCUUUUCGAUAGUCAUAUUUGUUUUGAAUCUAAAAUAUUUGGUAUUAAAACAAGUGAAGUUAUAGCUAUUAAAGAUGUAAAACAAAUUAAAAAGAAAAGCAGAUUCACUGUUGGUAUAGAGAUUAUAACAAAUAAUAAUGUAAAAUAUUCAUUCGCAUCAUUUGUAUCCAGAGAUAAAACAUAUAAAGAUUUAUUGGAGGCAUGGAAAGAUGUUACAGGUGAAACCCAUGAAGAUGCUUCAUCGUUUAGCGUAGAUGACGAUAUAGAUGAUGAAAUUAUAAAUAAUGAAGUGGAAAAUCAAAAUAUAUAUACACAACAAAUUGAUGGUUUUGAUAGAGGUGAGGAAACAAAUAGUCAUCCACCCACUCCUCCACAGCAAUCUGAACCACAACAAACUGAACAACCAAAACAAAUAAUAAGUGAAACUCAACAAACAAAACAGGAUGAAAAUAGUAAUAGUAAUAAUAACAAAGGCGAAAUUAUUUUAGAUUCAAAAUCAAAUAACAAUAAUAAAAAUGAAAAUCAAAAUGGUGCAACAGUAUCUUCAACUACUUCACAAGUAGCACCUACCUCACAACAACAAAAACCAAAUGGUGAUACUGCAAUGGUUAAUAAUGGUAAUAGCAAUAAUAACAAUGGUGGUAAUAGUAAUACCCUCUCUACCAUUAAAGAGGUUGAAAAAAGCCCAUUGGAUGAAAUUUAUGGAAGUGUUGAUCAAUAUCUUUCAAAGGAUACCCAACCACAAUCAAUUUUAGAGAGCCAGCAUUCAGAUUUUCAAGAGCUUUUAUCUGACAAUUUUAAUGUUAGUGUUGUAAAUUUUUUUAGAGCCUUAUAUUCAGAUCAAUGUAAUUUUGUUCACAACUAUCAUGUAAAAAGAGGUGAUUCUAAUGUUAAUGUUAAACCAUGGACCUUUAGAGAUAGAUUUGGAACUAUUAGAGAAAUAGAAUAUGUUGCACCUGUAAAUUCACCAAUUGGACCAGAUAAAACUAAAAUUCAAGAGACUCAAAGAUAUCAUUUAACCAAAACUAAAUUAAUUGUCGAAACAGAUACAAUAAUGUUAGAUAUUCCAUAUGGUGAUCAUUUUAGAAUCGAGGCAAAAUGGGAAGUUAUAGAAACUUCAGCAGAAACAUGCAGACUUUCAAUUUCAUUAUGCGUAAGAUUUAUUAAAAAGACUUGGUUCAAGAGUAAAAUUGAAACUACAACUGUCAAAGAAACUAAAACAUCAUUUGAUAAAUGGAUUCAAUUAGCUAAACAAGAAGUUCAAAAAAUGCUUCAAAUUAAACCAAAGCCAACUGCCCCAUCACAUACUCCAGCAUCCCACACUACUACAGUUCCAACUUUAGGUAAAUCUUUAGAUAAAACAGAGAUUUCACGUCUUAAAGAUGAAGAAAGAAUUGAUUCACCUAAACCACAUCAUACAAGAUCGCGUAGUAGACAACAUUUAAUCUCCUCAUCUGGCCAGGUUAAUAAUUCGCCAUCUUCAAAUUCUUUAUUAUCAAAUAUUAUUUCAAACCAACAAACCCAUUCACCAGCGCUACCACCAGUGUCAUCACCAAUUUCAAAUAUAAAUCAAUCACACAACAAUUUAGAAACCCUAUCAAAUUCGGCAAAUGAUCAAUUAACAGUAUCACCAAAACAACAGCUAAAAUCAUCUAAAUCAUCAUUAAAGAAUGAAUCAAGUUUGGUUAAAUUAAAAACACCAAUCGGCGUUUUAUCAUUAAAUGGUAGCCAGGUUACUGUUUUAUUGGUAUCAUUCUUUUUAUUUAUUCUAUAUAUAACAAUGUAUAUACAAAUUGUUAAACUUUCUUCAAAAAUGGAAACUAUGGAGUUAAUUUUUAAAGAUGUAGUAAAUAAUAAUAUUUAUGCAAACAAUUUAAACACUAAAAAAUAAAAUGUAAUAUAAAAAAAUAAAAAAACACAAUAAAAUAUAUUAAUAAACUAUUAAACUUAUUUUUAUUAUAUAUUUAAU